UAUUUGAAUACAUUUUAAUAUAGUAUAAAUAUUAUUUUACGAAAAUAGUUGCAAAUUUUUUUUAUUUUAAUGCAUUACUUUUAAUAUUUUCGUUAAACAUUUGCCUUUACUUGUUAUUCGUGUAAGCUAAUAAAUAACGGUUUUAAUUUUUUAUCAUAGUGUCGUCGUAUAUAUAUUUUGUCACAAUAGUUCCUGCAUUUGCCACGCGAUACGCUCUUUUCCCAAGCUUUCUAUUUUAGAAAUGGACAGCCACCAUCUCUUAUUUGUAAAGCUAGAAAUUUUGCAAAGCAAUCGCUAGUUGCGAUUCGCUAUAAUUAGAAUUUUUCUUGGAGAAGGACUACCGGAUUAAAGAGCCUGAACGAGGCAGACGACGUACCUAUUGCGUUAAAAGAGACCGCAAGCGAAAGGAAACAACGUUUGCUGCAAAUAUUUAACGAUAUACAAGGUAUCUACAAAAAAUGUCCGUGACCUUUGCUCAACGCGGUAGGCCGCCACCGAAUCCUGCCCAAAUACAGAAGAUGCUUGAUGAAAACAGUCAACUCAUACAAACGAUACAAGAGUUUCAGAAUAAAGGAAAAGCACAAGAAUGCAUACAAUAUCAACAAAUGUUACAUCGUAAUUUAGUAUACUUGGCAUCAAUUGCUGAUGCAAACCAAAAUUUGCAAGCAUUGUUACCGCCUCCACAAGGAAUACCUAAUGGCCCUCAACAUGGUAUGAUGAGUCCGCAAGGCCUUCCAACUGUUCCUACAGGAUCAGCUGGACCUGUAGGAGAGAUGCCUCCAAACAGUCAGCCAACAUUGCCAAUGUCAAGUUUCAAUCAAGGGCAGCCAAUGCCACAAGGUGGAUAUCGUGGACCUGUCAUGCCUGGACAAGGACCAGCUAUAAAUAGACCACCUACCGCACCCGGACCACAGCAGUAUAGAGGACCUCAAGGUUAUCCUCAACAACCUUCUCAGCAAGGUUACCCUGCUCAGUACUCUAAUCAAAGUCCUGGUUCCAAUUAUCAAGGACCUCAAGGAUCAGCUUACACUCCAGGACAACCAAACCAAUACGGACCACCGAAUACAUCUCAACAACAGGGUUACAGCGCAUCGUCGCAACCAAAUUAUGGCCCUCCAAGUUCUGUAAAUAGUUAUGGUCCUCAACCGGGUGGAUAUCCACCACCGGGAGCGGCUCAACCGCCCACAGGAUAUGGUCCGCCACCGCCAAAUCAACAAGGCUAUCCGCCUACUAAUCCUUCGCAACAAAACUUUCCAUCGAGCGGUCAACAACAGCAACCCGGACAAUACGGUAGCCCUAGCCCGCAACCGAAUUACCAGCAACCUCCAUCUCAGGCUCCACCUCAAAAUGCAUACGGAGGCGGGCAACCUGGAAGCUAUCCUCCUCCUUCUUCUCAAGCAUAUGCAAACAAUGUUCCACCUCAAAACUAUCCAGCUCCUCCCGCAUCUAGCGCUGCUCAACCGCCGCAACCCGGAUCUCAACAGAAUACAGGUCCGCAAUCUAAUUACGGUAAUCAGCCAAGUCCUGGUCCUGGUGCAACACAAUACGGGCCAGCUUCUACGUCUCCUCCAUUCAGCACUGCCUCAGCAAGCGGGGUCAAUACUUACGCUCAAAGCAGUCAACCUACAAGUACACCCUCUGCUUCGACUCAAACUUAUCCACCGAGCACUGGUCCACCGUCUUCUUCUCAGGGUGGAAGUUACGCUCCUUCCGUUCCUGCUCCGUCUGGAUAUCCUGUGCAUCAGACACCUCAUCCAACAUCGCAUCCACCGCAUCAACCACCGCAUCAGUCUCCUCAUCAACCUCCUCAUGCUCCACAUCAAUCACCACAUCAACCUUCCCAUCAAUCAUCCCAUCAACCUCCCCAUCAACCUCCCGCGCAUCAGUCUCCUCAUCAGACGCAGCAGUCUCAACAACAAUCCCAAACACCGCCACAGUCUCAACAACAGCAAUCUCAAAGCCCAGCUCCCAGCGGAUUUCAACCGCCAUCAGCACCUCCACAGGGUCCUGCUCCACCGCCAGGGCCACAGCCACAGCCUGGAUAUGGACCAGCUACUACACAGACAUAUGUGCCGCCGACACCAGGUGGACAGCCACAGGUAUACACUCCUCACCCACCUCAAGGUGGUCAACAUUAUGGGCAUCCACAAUAUCCUCCUCAGAGUUAUCCACCACCACCAGCAGGACAGGGAUAUCCUCAAUAUCCACCUCGACCACCUGGUGGUCACAUGCCUCCACCACCUGGGCCACAAGGACCUCCUCCGCCAAAUCAAUACGGAGGCUACGGAUACCAACCACCUCCACAAUAGAGUAUAUUAAUGUAAAUUCGUAUAGUAUUCCCACUAACAUAAACGGUUUAAUUGCAAGUUUGGAACAAAUGGUAUAUAAAGUUUUAAUUUAAUUCUUAGUAGCUAUCGUCCAGUGUUAUGUAACGUGGUAAACAAUAGAAAAUUAUAUCUAAAUAAGGAAAGGUGCUGCCGAAACGCCAUCAGUUUAUAAAAAAAUCGCUUAAAAUUUUUUGCAAUAAUUCCAUUCUUUUCGAAUAGAGUACUUUUACAUAAAGUGAAACGGCACAAUUUUGGUUUUCUGCAAGAAGACGUUGCUCAUCGCUGUUCUAAAGUAAUUUCGGCGAUUGUAAUAAUAUUUUAAAACCACUUGAUUACAAUAUCAGAAUUUUAGUUUCGUAUAUCCAUUAUAUUUGUAUUCCAUAUUCAUAUAUACAGUCAUUUUCAUGUAAUAUUAUGUUAUAUGUAUGUUAGGGAAAGUGAGAGUCUUUAUUAUUUAAUUUUGACGGAUACUGGCUUUUACAGCACUUAACAACGUACAUUAAUUGCUUGGAUAUUGGUUGUACAUAAUACAGCACAAAACAUAUCUAUUACGCCAAGAUAAAAUGUAUAAAACAAGGUACAUGAUGUACUAUCUAUUUACAGCUUCCAGUAUACACGUUUGCCUUAGAAUUAAUUUUAUAUUUACUUAUCUAAUUUUAUAUUUUCUUGCUUCUCAUUAAAAUAUUCAUGAAUUCACA